AUGCGCAAACCUACUUGUUGUGACGUCCAACAGUUGUAUACUCAUCAUUCAAAUGUGCAAACCUUCCAUGGAAUGUUAGGAAUCCUAGAUUUCCUCCACUGGGAAUGGGGCAGUUGUUCGAUUGCCUAUAAAAGCCAAUACACCCAAGGUGAUCAUAGUUAUCCAACCAUCAUAUUUGAAGUGGUGGCCUCACAGGAUUUGUGGAUAUGGCAUGGCUUCUUUGGUUCUACCGGUUCCCUCAAUGACAUUGAUGUUCUUAACAUGUCUUCGUUACUUGACGACAUGUAUAACGGGACUGCACCAGAUUCUUCCUUUCAAGUGUCUAGAACGCCGUAUAUGAACGGGUAUUAUCUUGUGGACGGGAUCUAUCCGGAGCGUGCUUGUUUUGUGAAGUCACUAUCUGGUCCAAAUGAUCGCAAAAUGUUGAAGUUUAAGAGAGCUCAAGAGAAUGCGGGAAAGGAUGUUGAACGAGUGUUUGGUGCUCUAAAAAAAUGUUGGCAUAUUCUCAAAUAUCUCGCGCCUUAUUUGGAUGAGAAGAAAUGA